AGGGGGGAGGGAGCGAGACGCAACCUGUGCCAGUGCGCAUCUUUUCCAAAACUUGUCCGGAGCUGUCAAAGAGCAGGGAACGGAUCCGAACGCGCCAUGAGUAACAAAUCUUUAAACCUGAACACCAGCCCGCCUCGGGCUGGCGGCACCGUGGACCACGAACUCGUCAUCACUUCCACUUUCGGGACGCUCCUCUCCGUUGUCUACAUCAUCGGGGUCUCGGGGAACGUGUACACGCUGGUGGUGAUGUGCCACUCGAUCCGGUUCGCCACCUCCAUGUACAUCUCCAUCAUCAACCUGGCUCUCGCGGACCUGCUCUACCUCUCCACCAUCCCUUUCGUGGUGUCCACCUACUUCCUGAAGGACUGGUACUUCGGAGACGUGGGCUGCCGCAUCCUGCUCAGCUUGGACCUUCUCACCAUGCACGCCAGCAUCUUCACCCUGACCGUAAUGUGCACGGAGCGCUAUCUGGCCGUCACCAAGCCGCUGGACACGGUCAGGCGCUCUAAGAGUUACCGCAAAGCUCUGGCGUGGGGCGUGUGGCUGCUGUCGCUGGUGCUCACCGUGCCCAUGAUGGUAAUGGUCGCUCAGACAACUAAAAGCACGCCGGACGGGGGUGUGAAGAGGAUGUGCGCGCCCACAUGGGCUCCACUGGCUUAUAAAGUUUACGUAACGGUCCUGUUUGGCACCAGCAUCAUGGCCCCGGGGCUCAUCAUCGGGUACCUGUACGUCAAGUUAGCCCGCACUUAUUUAGAGUCCCAGCGCAACUCUGUGAUCAGCAAAGGCGGCAAAAGGUCACCGAAGCAGAAAGUGCUGAUCAUGAUUUUCACCAUCGUGCUGGUGUUCUGGGCGUGCUUCCUGCCUUUCUGGAUCUGGCAGCUGCUGCCUCUGUACCACACCAAGCCGCUGAGCCUGGCCUCGCAGACGCACACGUGCAUCAACUACCUUGUCGCGAGCCUCACAUACAGCAACAGCUGCAUCAACCCUUUCCUCUAUACGCUGCUCACCAAGAACUACAGGGAGUACCUGAAGAACAGGCACAGGAGCUUCUACAAGUACACGUCGUCGUUUAAGAAGCGGCCGCCCAGCCUCUACUCGUGGGGCAAGUCGGCGUCCUCCAGCAAUCAGUUCGAGUUCAACUCCGAGACGCUGGUCAUGGGGUCACUGAAGUGAGGUGAAAGCGUCUGGAGCCGGAGCAGCGACAGGUAGGCGGUGAUGUCUCCGUUACGCAUAAAGCAGGAAGCAGCCAAGUUUGUUUUCUGUCAUUUUAAAGUGCGGCUGUUCUUUGGUCACACAUAUGUUGUUUGUUAUUUUAUUCUGUACAUGAUGGACAGCCCACGGAGCCACUCUCUCUCUCUCCCCCUCUGCUGCGCUCCUGCAGCUCAGCCUCAGUGGAAGAACUCUUCCUGCGGUGCUGUGUUGCAGUACAAGGCCGCGGCGGUAAUUAGAGAAGCUGAAGCACCUCUUAAACGCAGAAGUUAUUUUAAGAAGCACAUUUGAAUGUUUAAUUUAAGGGUGUUUUAAUCUGACAUUACAUUAUUUGUAUUAGAGCAGUUAAAUAAAGGGGGCAGUCAGAAUUUAUGCUAUUGCUGGAUUAACCUCCUACUGACACGCCUACACUACAAAUCAGGGACGUGCCCGAGUUUACAGGUCUGUGCGUUGGGAUUAUUUUAGGAUCAUUUGAUUUGGUAAUCUGAACCUCUGUAAACCACAAAAUAAAACAGCCCCUACCAAGGACCCAUUUUACAAACGGAAUAAGUCAGCGGAGUUCUGAUGCCUUAAAGUAACCUCAUAGUCCCGAAAUACAUUCACAUGUAAUCAAAUUCCCACACAGUAAAUAAAAAAAAACGAAUAACAAUAAAAAUAAUCUGAUUAGGGCAUAGAUUUUUUUGUCCCACCUUCUGCAAAGGUUAUGUUUGACUGAGGAAAACAUGUAGUGAACCUGUAGGUAGAUGGAAUUCCAAAGCCCCACUUUCACUACAUAUUACUGAUACAUACACGUCUCAAUAAUAUGCACCACUGUAGCAGAAUAUUAACUUUUAGAAGGACCAGAGGUUUACAAGCUCUAUAUUAGUUUAUGCUGAGCACAUGUAAAGUUGGUCGUCAUAUUUCUUCAAGCUUUUCUUGUUUGAAGUAACUGAUAUAGAUGUUACUGUGUUAUUCCUUCAUAGAGGUACUGGACUGCUCUAACAAGUAUAUACUCUCACCACUACUACAUCUGACAUCCAAUAUUAUAUUUGCAUAUGCACAGAGAGAAUGUUUGAACUACGUUGGAAUGAGAAAACUGAUUUUUUUUUUGUUGUUGUUGUUAUUGUUGUUUAUUUCUUUUGUUUUUAGUUUAUAGCAUUGCAUCUCACAAACUGGUCAAGGACUUAAACUCAUUGCUGCUCAGCUAUGAUGCUACUCUGCUGCAUGCGCUGCAGAUAGUGAAAAAAGGAUCAUAAACAGCUGAGUUAAAGCCAUUCUGGUGGGCAUACUAUGCGAUGAUCACAUUUCUUAAUUACCCUCCAUGUAAGGAUAAUAAAUGUUUCACAUUUGCAGUUUUCUGACAAAAAAUAAAUUAAAAAAACAAAUUUAUAGGCAUAUAAUAUGUCAGGCCACUAUGAGCUGAUCUGAUCCUUAGCAGGUCUUAAAACCAGGUAAAUACAACCUCAGAUGAAAAACAAAACAUGAAAUAUUACACUGCAUCAUAUUUUUUAACCCAAAAUGCAGAAACUGCUGUCAUAGGAAUAAAGAGGGUCAGUACUGCAGCAGGCAGGUGCUGCUAAUUAAAUACACUUAACUUACUGGUCAUCAGCAAGUGUGAGUGCCUCUAUAAAAGCAGAAUUUGGGGCAGUUUGGUGAUCUGGAAUAUUGAGGUGUGUUAACACAAUAUCAAGCAGGAAACAAAACACACCAGCAACAAUCUUAAAGAAGCAACUGUUGCCCAUCUAUCUGUGGAAAGUCGAAAACACUCAAGACAGCUGCUAAUCUUCAGAGGAGUGGUUCCAGGAAAUCCAAAGAACAAAGAGCUACAUCUCCAACUCUAAAAGCCUCAGUUAGCAUGUUAAAUGUUAAAGUUAAAGACGGCACAAUAUUUUUUUAAAAAAAGACUCAAUAAUUACGGCUUACAUGGAAGGAUUGUCAGGAUAAAGUCUCUUCUUUCUAAAAAGAACAUUGCAGCACAGUCCAGGUUUACAAAGUUGUAUCUGAACAAACAGCAAGACUUCUAGAACAAUGUCCUUUGGACAGAUGAGACCAGAGUGGUGACGUUUGACCAUAAUUUACAGAACCAUGUUUGAUAAAAAGGGUGGAGGGGUGAUGAGCCUACAUCUAAACAGGUGAAUUGACCUCGAUGUGUUGUGUGACAGCCAUAAUAAGAGCUGGUCAAAUUCUCUGAAAACAAAGGAAGGUGCUUUAGUAUUUCCUUUCUUACCUCCUUUAGUAGAAGACACUGGAACAUCCCUUAGGAGAGAAAAGGAGAUAACUUCUUCUUCAAAGUAAGACAGCAUCCGACUGUCACUAAAACAGCAGAUCAACAUAACUGAUAAGCGACAUGUUUCACAUUGUAAAAUGCUGCUUUUUUCCAGUUUUAACCCACAGGUGAACGAGGAGUAUUGCACUACUCCACUAAAACCUGCUAGAUUUGAAUUUGUUCCCUUGUGUGAAGCACUUUGUAAAGCGGAUUUUAAAAAAGUGUUCUACAAAUGAAUAUAAUUACCCACAUUAAAACGAUCAAGCUGAAGUGGACCUAAUUUGUGUUAAUUGUGUCCUCAUUCUGAGUUGCUGUAUUAUCAGCUUUUAGAACUCAUUAAUUGAUUUUACUUCAGAGAUGCUAAAAACCUUAAUAAAGGAAAAGUGAAAAUAAGGGGAUCAUCUCUUUAGUGGGGAAAAAAACAUCUGAUUGGAUAGCAGCACGAGUAUCUGUUAAAACAGCUAUUUAAUUUGAGUGUUACUUGUACACAAUUAUGCAAGCCUACAUGAAGAAACACUCUAAGAACACAAAUAGAGGAGUGUGUAUCUAAUGCUAGCUUAAACCAUAGACUGUAUAAAAAAGAUGGCCACAAUGACGUCACUCAAUUGAGCUAAGCAUUUUCAUCAUCCUUUUUGACUCUAAGGGCAAGAUUUACUAACGCACUGCCCCAGCAUAAACUGGGUUUUGGUGUAAAUUUUAAAAAGUACUGUUGGUAUUUACAAAGAGUGACAAUCAUCCAUAGAGCUAAUCAUGCCCUCACACGCUACUUUGUCCAAGGUAAGGCAAGGUACAAUUUGUCGUUCCAAUAAAACCAGUUUAUGUUUAUGAUACAUAGUCAUAUUUUCCUAGUAGGGAGUGAUGAAUAACUACAUGUAACAAAUGUUAGGAAGAUGCGUUUGUUUUGUGUCUGAAAGAAACAAAAUAUUGUGCUGUAUGUCACAUUUUUAAAUCACCAAAUAUCAACAUCAAAAUCGUAUAUUUUCUGACUUCUUCUUAUCCCAAUCAGAAAUGCACCUCCUGCUGGUCAUUGGAAAGAAUGCAGGUUCAAUGAAUUGUAAAACCUCAGGAACCUUGGUUCAUCUUUAUAUACAGUUUACUGAUUUUAACUGCAGAGCAAUCACAUUAUUAAGCAAACAAGUAUGAGCUGAACCCUCUGAGCACUAAGUCCUUAUAAAUUCUCCCUUACGUCUUACUUUAAGACGUUCCCCAUCACCAUCAAGGAAAAGUGAUUAGCAACAGAGAUAAUUUUCCGAAUAUUUAAUUGGAAUCCUGAAUUUUGGCAGGAAAUGGAAAAAGAAGAGAAAAAGAAGCACACACAUGGCAUGUCACUGCCAUUGAAUUUGCAUGCAUCCACCCGCAGAGGCAAACACACUUCUGCUGCUGUGGUAAAACCUGAGCCAAAACACCUACUCCUCAGCGUGCUCGCAUCCAGGCUUUGUGCGCUCUGUUUACUAGGCUGAACUGUGGCCCACUUACCUGAAUGGACAGACAGGACUUCCUUUCAUGCUGUAGUGUUUGUGUGGUAAUAACACAGUUAAUAGCAUAGCACCUGCACCCAUUAACAAUUACUGCAAAGGUUUAGAGGUUGGAAGGCCUCAGUGGCAAGCAUGCUAACAACAGAUGCAUAAAGUGCCUGUGUUUUAUGAAGAGUUCACAGUCUUUAAUUAAGACAGCUCUUCACUCUAAUCUGGCAUGUUGUUUCCAGCUCACGCAGCCUUCAGCUGUAAAGCCACUGUCUUCUUAGAUUCAUAAGAAGGGUGGAAAAAAAGACUGUUACAGACCAAGAGUGGUGGAAAUAUUACGCACGUCUAGGCAGUAAAAGAAAAAUGUCAUUAGUGACAGAUUUCCUGUCAUUCUAAAACAUAUCUGAAUAUCUAGAAGUGUGACAUUUUGCAAAUCAUGUCCCAGGUGGGACUGGGCACUUUGGUACACUGACCUUUUUGUGUUUGCAUGUCAAAUUGUCCAAACUCAUGCAUAAAUUCAUUACAGCUACAUCGUGCCGCACCACAGAUAUGGAAAUCCCCCACCCUUUCUUUCUUUUUCUUCCUUUCUCCACAUAUUGACUGACAAAACUUUGCAGAAGUUUGAAAAUUCUGGAUAAGACCAGGUCUGUGUGGGAUUUAGCAGCUUAAAUCUGCAUACAUUCGAGCUGAGAAGUUUAGCCUGGAUUUGUAGAUUUCUUCUAAGCGUUAGCUUGAGAGCCACUUUUGGGUUUCCUGUAAAAAUGUAAUACGUUAAUCCCAAAAGAGAAAUUAGAACAAUGGACGUUAAAGGUCUUGAAGAAAUUUGUGCCAUUUGAUUCUGUUUAGUUUCAGCAGAGGUGCAAGCACACUUUUUUUUAGUGUGUAAUCGUUUUUUUUUUUUAUCUUACAUCUUAGCAGACAAGCAUCAGCAGUAAGGUAUCCAAAAUUCCUAUAAAUUAAGCCAUAAUUCAGUGUCUAACCUCCAUGUAAAGCUCAGCAGGUUUUUGAGCUUGUGAAUGAAGGAAAAAAGGGAGAAAAUCCUUCCUAAAGCACACAGUGCUAGAUUCUUUCUUUACUGUAACGUGGUACAGAUAAUACUGCUGUCUGUGUCUGCAGAAUAUUACAUUACAUUAAACAUUACAGUAACUUCCAGCGGUUUACAGCUCUGUGUGAGCUGUUUAUAUUGGCGGCUGUUUCCCUGCAUUUCAUUAAAGUGGAAUUUAGACAGAUCACUAGAGUCUGAGUCCUGUUUAAGCCUUGCAGAGACUAUCUAAUGGCGCCAGUUGGCACAAGCCAAUGAUAACACCUGAAAUAAUCAGUCACAUCUAGACUAUUAAUUACACAACCCAUAUCAUGAUAAAACACUGCUGAGGGCAAUAUGUUCUACAGAGAGUCUGUUCUUUGUUUAAAUUACCUUAAAUAGGCCUCAACUGAUCCUGCAUCAAUGCCUACAGCUGUCAAAGCCUUAAAAAUAAUACUUGGCACAGUCUGCACCCUACAUUUAUUUGCAGUCCAAAUCAAUUACACCCACUCCUGCAGAAAUUUAUCCUGACAUGCAUGAUAAUAGUUAUUGGUAAGUAGAAGUAGUAUUUACUGUGUUAUUGUCGGGCAAGGCCAGACGGGUCAUUUACAAUCAACUAUUGGCUCAAUUCCUUUCCCACACAGUAUCAACAACUAAAAUAAAUCACAUUUAGAAGCAGUGUCCUUGAUAUUUAAAGAGAUCAGAAGGCAGUGUUUGUUUUUCCAGUCUGUUCAAACCAACAGGAAAGAUAUAAGGAAAUGAAAAAACUGUGUGUGUCUGCUUUAAUAUAGGCUAGUACAACCUUAACGUAAUCAGCUAGCAAGUGAUCACAGUAUGUCACUUUAGAGGGAAAAAAGCUGACAUCAAUUCAAUUCAGUUUUAUUCAUAAUCAAUCAUGAAUAAUCAAUUCAUAAUUGUCUGAUCAAAUUUACAUUCCAACCACAGCAAAAAAACCCAACCUGCAGUACAAGGACAACGCAAUUUCUUAUCUGUUUUUUUGUUUUGUUUUUAAAUAAAGCUUUAGCAUCUUUCAGCAUCAUUAGCCAGAAAAGUACGAGUUGGAAGAUUCUUUUGCAAAGAUUUGUCUUAGAAGUUUGUGAAGUGUGCUGAAUUAGUUUGCUAGCUAAAGCUGAUUACGCGGAAGCAGCUACAAUAUAUAUAUUUGACCAUUUCAUUUAUGUUUAUAUUUAUUAACAGUUCCAUGUGGAAAUGUCACCACAACAGUAAUAGAUGAAGAGUACAGUGACUGGAACCAUUAUUUAUAAGGGUAGAGGUGAUUAAUGGCUUCUUUGUUAGUAAAUUCAUACGUGGCCAUCUUUAUCAGAUCAGUUAUAAACUCUGAACAAGGCGCUGCCAUUUACAGCUGUGUGACCCUGUCACAUCAGAGCAUAAAUAUAUAUAAAUAUGCAAUGUAUAUAUAUGUGCUACUGCACAGUGACCCAACACCAUGCUCAUUUCAAAUAAACUCCCACACAGCCCUGCACAGCAUAGAAAGACUUACCUCUGUUCUUUAUAUCACCAGUGAAUGUGCUAACAGCUGUGCAGCAAGGUGAGAAAAGUGUGAGAAAAAAUGUUUCAGUCACAGCUUUUGAACAUGUGUGCUCACUAAUGAUACAUUAUAAAUGUAUACUUACAUUUUUGAGAACCAGUGUGCAACUGGCACGUCUUUCUGUAGCACAAAAGUUGCAAUUGUUAGCAACAAACUAACAGGGAAGCAUCGCCUCACUUCAGUUUUUCAUGACCUUUACGAGCAUUCUUCAUUUACCAUUCAUCUGUUCAUUUAUUCUGCUUUAUCGUGCAGGUAUUUUUAAUUUAAAACUAAAAAUCUGUGAUAGUCCAAUGUGCAACGUACACAACCAACAGCACCCAAACAAAAUUAGUUUGGGGUUUUUCAGAAUUUAUCUACACAGCCUGAUAUUUUCAGUAGGAGCUGGAACAGAAACAAAAAGAGCUAAAAAAGAAAGCGAAUAUUGGACAUGCAUCAGACUGUUGCACACAAAGAGAAGUUUACUAGCAUAUUUAUGUUAAUGAGUCAACUAUAUACAAGUGGACCUAGUGCCUAAAAAUGAAUGCUUUUAGUGUAGGCGAUUUAUAAAACGUUUACUUUCAAAUGCCAAAAAAUGCAGAAUUGCACAGCUGAUUUUAAAUAUACGCUAAAAGAUUGUCCUAGUGUGUUGACAUUAACAGAAGUAAACAGCUGUUUGCAUUUAUUAAGUGUAAAAAAACCUGCUGUUAUUUUAAAUGACAUGAA